AGUGGCCUCUUUUUCACUGAAACAAUCGUGAUCAUAUAAAUGUGUGUUGCCAGGUCUGAAAGCGGCUUUGUGCUCUCUUUCCUCUCCCAGGAAGGUGUGACUGAUUUCAGAGCCCUGCGAGCAAAAUUUCAAAAUGAUUCCAACUUGGACAACAAUCUGAUGCAGCCAUGCAAGAAGCCUCCGGCUGAAAUCCCUCCCAAGUUGGGCUCUGGAAGGAAUGUUGUGUCUAGCCCUCUGCCCCCAAGUAAGAGAGAAGUGGCAAUACCGAAACCCAAGGGUGAACCUGCCUAUCCUGCCUCCCAAACAUCUGCCCUCACACAACACAAGCCCCUGGUAUGGCCUCGAGCCAAGCUGGGUUACAUGGAGACGAUGGGGCACAAUGCAGAACACAAAGGCAACGUCUCAGAGAAAGGGUUGAGUUCUCCCAAGAAUUGUCCAGAGAAACCUCUGCCAUCCUAUUUCACUGACAGACAAGGAUCAGCCCGAACAUCUCCAGAGGGGCCUCUGCUCCCAAAUUCUUUCCACCAUGCUCUACAGAUCUGGGAGAACACUUUAUCCCGUGGUGAGAAAGCAAGUUCAAUGCUCCCAACCCAGCGGGCAGCAAACUUAUAUGUGCAGCCUUGCCUGGAGCAGAGAGCAACGUGUGCUCAUGCUGUGUCGGGCAGCAGCAGGAUGCGACCAUCUGGAAGCCAGCCCUCCCUGGACUUGCCUGCCCAGAAGAAGGAUGCUCUGUGCAGCAGAGCGCCGGCUCUUCCCCGGGCUCCCAGAGGACACGGGAGCUCUGAUGAAGUCGCUGCUGAGAGCACAGCGACAACUGUGCUCUGCCAGCCGGGUUAUCAUGCUCCAGGAGAGCAACCUCAGCACCAGAAAGUAUUGGAACCUCCCUUCUGCCAGCUCAGAGCAGGAAAAUGCUCUCACAGCCUGGGGAACAAGUGGCCAAGAAUUAAACCUCUCCCUUCAGCUGAAUCCCUGGGUCCUGCCCCUGGGAAGCCUGCAAGACCCCUGAAGUUUGAUCUCAGUGCUUUCCGAAGCGCCGUGCCCUCAGUCCACAGAGGAAAUGAAACAACUGCUGAGGAAGAGGAUUACUUGACCCCCCAAAGUGCUCAGCUUGAAGAGCAGUAUAAUUAUGAAGAAACCCCAACGUACCUGAAUCAGUCUGGGGACACCACAACCUUGUGUGUCAUUGAAGUACCUAAAGCAGAGCACCAAGAACACAAGAAACAGAAGACUUUUCUCUUUGCCAAAUCCAGAGCUAUAAUAGAGGAUGAAAAUGAAGAAAAAACAAGUCUUGAAAGAGAGGAACAGGCAGCAAAGACAAUUUCGAAGACAGGUGGAAAUGAAAAUGUAUCUCCCAUCAGCCAAACUGAGGAAGAUGGUAGAGGUGGGAUGAAGGUGCCACAAGUGAAGCAGGAUGUGACCAGCACCCAGACUGCAAAGCAUCCUACCACACAAGGGCUGGCAAAAGACAGAGCAGAGCUCUUGUGCUACAUUGAUGUUGGUGGUCCAAAGCCAGGAGUAGGAAGAACUACCUUGAACCAAAACGCUUGUCAGUCUCUGCAAGCACCAGCAGAUAUAUAUGAUGAUGUUGAGGAAAUGCAUGAUAGACUCAACCACACAUCGGAUGCCUCCGGUCCAUUUGCUUCAACCAGCAGAAACAGCUAUGAAGAAACAUAUGAAGAUGUUGAGAUUGGGGGUGAUAAUCGAGCAAAAAUGGAAACAGAAAAACAAAAGAGAUUUGGAAACUUGUUUAAGAUAGAAAAGUUGAAGCUGAAGAAUACCAGGUUCAAGGAAAACUUAAGAUUGUUUUCCACUUCAGCACCAAAUUUAGUGGCUGUUUCCCAGGAGAACAUGGUGUACGAUGAUGUGGGACAGAGAGAGCCAAGAGAGAAGGACGACAAGUACAAAACCUGGAUGCCAAAAUUUCUGAUGGCGAAAGAGGAUAAGGACCAAAGGAAAAAUAGCAACGCUGUGGAAAGCAGAAAUAUCUUCAAGGUCAAGAAUAGCAAUGCAGAAAAAAGCAAGAAGAAGGAAAUAGAAGAGACGUUUUUUAGAGAAACAUUUAUGUACAAUAAGGAGAUCAGUGUCAUCAACACUGCCACUGCCGAGUGCUCAGUCCCCAGUAUGAGGAGGGUUGAUCUCCCAGUCACAGCUGGAGAACAGCUGGACGUUAUUGAUGUCACAGAGGGCAACGCAGUGAUUUGCCGCAAUUCGGAGGGCAGAUAUGGGUAUGUUCUAGUGGAGCAUUUGAACUUCAGACAGCACUAACUGCUGCGAGAGCUGCUCUCCCCCGGAGCAUCCCUGAAGGUCUCUUUUGUGCUUCCCGCAGCGGUGAGAGCGCACGUUGGUCAACUGUGGAGUGAUGAUGCAAAUGUAAAUAA